CAGCCGGCAAGCUGCGGUGACAGAAAUGGACAGCAUCUUCUACCCACCCAGCCAUUUAGGAACCUGCAGCCGUGACUGCCUGCAGAGCUCGUUGAUGCCCCUGUCACAGCUGAAGGAGGGUGUUUGAAGGACUGUGUCAAGGCACUAAUCCUCGAGAGAUGGCUGCAAGAAGUUGCAGACAAGCCUUUGACACAGCGUGCCAACCAUCAGCCUGUGGAGAGAAGCCUGCAAAGGUGGAAGCAUCAUAUCAAGGUGAGACAGAAAUGCAGGAGCCGGUGGAAAAUGAAAGAAGGAAUAUAGGUGUUCCGUUUGACUCUGUUGAAGCUUGCCAACAAUUUCCAGAGAGUUGCCAGAGACAAGCCUUUGACACAGCGUGCCAACCAUCAGCCUGUGGAGAGAAGCCUGCAAAGGUGGAAGCAUCAUAUCAAGGUGAGACAGAAAUGCAGGAGCCGGUGGAAAAUGAAAGAAGGAAUAUAGGUGUUCCGUUUGACUCUGUUGAAGCUUGCCAACAAUUUCCAGAGAGUUGCCAGAGACAAGCCUUUGACACAGCGUGCCAACCAUCAGCCUGUGGAGAGAAGCCUGCAAAGGUGGAAGCAUCAUAUCAAGGUGAGACAGAAAUGCAGGAGCCGGUGGAAAAUGAAAGAAGGAAUAUAGGUGUUCCGUUUGACUCUGUUGAAGCUUGCCAACAAUUUCCAGAGAGUUGCCAGAGAGCAUUACCUGGAGAGGUGACCCAAAAAGAGCUUGACGAGACACAGGAAUGUAAAAUGCUGAAAAAGAAGAUCAAAGAGCUAGAGGCAAAAAACAGCAAGCUCUUGUCUAAAGUGAUGAGCUUACACAAGAACUCUGAGAACAUGAAUGACCCUUUUCAUCUGACUGCUGUGCUGAAUACGUAUUACAUGCUCAGGCUACAGGAAUGGGAAAAAUUCAGGAGAGUCUGCUCUUUGACAUAUAAAUCUGGCAGCAAAAUAAUUAAGAAGCUGUUUGAUGCCUGUGAGAAAGAUAUACAGCAGAGAACAACUGCAAUAUUUGGAGUUCUUGAAAUUCCACAUUCAAAUGACGCUAUGACCAACAGCAAACAGGAGGUGAUCCAAGAGAUAAGGAAUCUCCUCAGAUAUUCCUAUAGCCAAAACAACUCAAAGAUUUACCACAACAUUGUCUCUAAAGCUGGCAUUGACAAAAAAAUUGUCACUCAAGAGUUCACAGUGCAGUGCUGCAAAGUCUACUGUUUCCUGCUUCUUCAGGACCCACCGGUUGAAGCUGUGUGGAACCCACAUGAAAUGCAGUAUUUAGAGCAUGUGGACAAGAAAGCCAGUGACCACUGGGAAAAACCAGCAUUUCUGUGGCCCAUAAUGAAAUGCAGGGAACAAGUCAUUGAGAAAGGUGUAGUCUGGGAUGAAAACUAGCAUGAUUUCAGAUUCAAGCUACUGACUUAUAUGGCCACAAGAAGAUGAAAUAGCUGCUGUGCAAGAUGCUGCUUUCUUUCUCCCAUGAAAGGCCUGCUUUUCAGAGCUAGCAAGUUAGAUGUUCCUGGCUUGGGCCACCUAGCGUAAAUCACUAUUUACAAGCAUGUAUUAAAAUUGAAGAUAUUCGCCUCAGCAGCCAUGCGUACACUUUAUGUAACAUUUGUCCCUUGCUGUCUCUAAACAGCAUUUGUGUGGAAAGAGAAUCUGUUUCUCCAGCCUACCUUACCUGCUCUUCACAAAUACUUACAACGUUGUCACAUAACAGUGGGGAUUUCAGCCACCACAUGGAGGCACUUGCCUCCUCCUCACCAACAGCAUGGAGUAGGACCAACGCUUUGCAGGGUCCCUAACAGAAAGGGCAUCACUGCCCUCCCCUGCAUCUAUGGUGGGUACUCAGACUGCAGGCUCAUGCUGUCUGUUAAUGAAUAAGCACCGAGGAUGAAGAUGGUCUGUUGGGAAACACAAAUCCUUCUUGGGUAAACAUGUACUUAGCUGAGUAAGAGAACAAGGAACUAAAAGACAAAGGCUGACAGACUCUCAAAAGACAGCUGUGCAUAGGUAUGUGUGCCCAGACGCAGACAGUGAGGCCCACUCUUAUAUGCCAAAAGGCCACUUGUGUCCACACAAAUGCCACCUCCCCGUCAGUACUCAUCUGCUUUCCCACGUCUGUAGAAUCUACUGCUCCAUAGCCCUUCAGCUCUUGAUCAAAGUGAGGCAAAUGCAUGUUUAUGUGCUUGUGUGACAAACU